AUGUCGGUCCAAACCGUCUCUAUCCAGCCCUUUGCUGACCAGAAGCCGGGCACUUCUGGUCUCCGCAAGAAGGUCAAGGUCUUCCAGCAGCCCAACUACUCCGAAUCCUUCAUUACGAGCAUUCUCCUGUCUAUUCCCGAGGGUGUUGAGAACUCCUUCCUCGUCAUUGGUGGUGAUGGCCGUUACUACAACGAUGAGGUGAUCAACAAGAUCGCUAAGAUCUCCGCUGCCUACGGUGUCAAGAAGCUGCUGGUCGGCCAGAAUGGUAUCAUGAGUACCCCCGCGGCCAGCAACCUGAUCCGCGUGCGCAAGGCGACCGGUGGUAUUCUGCUGACCGCCAGUCACAACCCCGGUGGUCCGGAAAACGACUUUGGCAUCAAGUACAACUUGGCCAACGGUGCCCCCGCCCCCGAGGGUGUGACCAACAAGAUCUUCGAGACCUCCAAGACCCUCACCUCAUACAAGUACGCCGACAUCCCCGAUGUCGACAUCUCCACCAUCGGUACCAAGACCUACGGUCCCCUCGAGGUGGAGGUGGUUCACUCUACCGCCGACUACGUGACCAUGAUGAAGGAGAUCUUCGACUUUGACCUAAUCAAGGAGUUCUUGAGCUCCCACAAGGACUUCAAGGUGCUCUUCGACGGUAUGCACGGUGUCACCGGUCCCUACGGUGUCGACAUCUUCGUCAAGGAGCUCGGGUUGCCCGCCAGCAGCACCAUGAACUGCGUGCCCAAGCCGGACUUUGGCGGCGGUCACCCCGACCCUAACCUCGUGUACGCCCACGAGCUCGUCGAGGCCGUUGACAAGAACGGUGUGCACUUUGGUGCCGCCAGUGACGGUGAUGGUGACCGUAACAUGAUCUACGGUGCCAAGACCUUCGUGUCUCCCGGUGACAGCUUGGCCAUUAUCGCACACCACGCCAAGCUGAUCCCCUGGUUCCAGAAGCAGGGUGUCUACGGUCUUGCCCGUUCGAUGCCCACCUCCGGUGCCGUCGACCGCGUCGCUCAGGCCCAGGGUCUGCAGAGCUACGAGGUGCCCACCGGCUGGAAGUUCUUCUGCAACCUGUUCGACGACAAGAAGAUCUCCAUCUGUGGUGAGGAGAGCUUCGGUACUGGUAGCAACCACAUCCGUGAGAAGGAUGGUGUGUGGGCGGUCGUCGCCUGGUUGAACAUCAUCGCCGGUGUCGCCAAGCAGAAGCCCGAGGAGACCCCCAGCAUUGCCUCCAUCCAGAACGAGUUCUGGAAGACCUACGGCCGUACCUUCUUCACCCGCUACGACUACGAGAACGUUGACAGCGACGGUGCCAACAAGGUUGUCGGCACCCUGGCCGAUCUCGUUGCCAGUGACUCCUUCGUUGGCUCCAGCGUUGGCUCCCGUAAGGUUGUCGAUGCCGGCAACUUCUCCUACACCGAUCUCGACGGCAGCGUCUCCAAGAACCAGGGCCUGUACGCCAAGUUCGACGAUGGCAGCCGCAUCGUCGUUCGUCUGUCCGGUACCGGCAGCAGCGGUGCCACUAUCCGUCUGUACAUUGAGCGCUACGAGAGCGAUGCAUCCAAGUUUGGCCUCAGUGCUCAGGAGUACCUGGCCGACAACAUUGCCUCCGCUCUGAGCCUGCUCAAGUUCAAGGAGUAUGUUGGCCGUGAGGAGCCCGAUGUUAAGACCUAA